CUGUCAGGGGUUACAACGGGAAGCUCGGGAAGUUUGUGGAAUCUGCUGAGGGAAGGACGGCGCGAGGGGUUCUUGAGCAGUCAUGGUGGCUGCGGCUUCCUCCAAAACUGGGGUCUCUGCGCCUGAGGCUGCUAGUUCCACAGAAGCCCAGCUGCAGUACAGCCUUCUUCUGCAAUACCUGGUAGGCGACAAGCGCCAACCCCGGCUCCUGGAGCCUGGGAGCCUGGGCGGGAUCCCGAGUCCGGCCAAGAGUGAGGAACAGAAGAUGAUCGAGAAAGCUAUGGAAAGCUGCGCCUUCAAGGCAGCGCUUGCCUGUGUGGGAGGAUUUGUUUUGGGAGGUGCGUUUGGGGUGUUUACUGCUGGCAUUGAUACCAACGUAGGCUUUGACCCUAAGGAUCCUUACCGUACACCGACUGCAAAAGAAGUUCUUAAAGAUAUGGGGCAGAGAGGAAUGUCUUAUGCCAAAAAUUUUGCCAUUGUGGGUGCCAUGUUUUCCUGUACUGAGUGCUUGGUAGAAUCUUACCGGGGAAAGUCAGAUUGGAAGAACAGCGUCAUUAGUGGCUGCAUCACUGGAGGAGCCAUUGGUUUCAGAGCUGGCUUAAAGGCUGGGGCCAUUGGUUGUGGAGGUUUUGCUGCUUUCUCUGCUGCAAUUGAUUAUUACCUCCGUUGAAAGAGAUUGCCUGGGGAAGGAGGAUGCCAGCUGAGGACUGGAGCUGUUCUUGGAGGAUAGUAUCUGUACCACUUGGCACUUGCUUCGAGGGCUGAAGUCAUUCGUUUUCCCUCAUAGAGCUGUUGUUUUGAGGGAACUUCCUGGAUGCUUUUUGCUUCCGGCCUUCGGAGCAGCCAUACUGUGCUGCUCUUUGACCUCCCUCAAGCUUUUAGGGGAUGUUCCAUGCCAGAUUGUCUCCGUAGAGCAAAUCAGGGGUCUGUGUAUUGACUGUUAGGAAUUAAGUUUCACAGAGACUCAGUGCCGAUGACAUCCAGCCUUCGGGUUGUUUGGUGCUGCAGACAGAAAGGUGGCAGCGUGUUUACACAGGCCCAGGAAGUUCUUUUGCCUUGGAACUCCAUGCAAACAUCUACCCUGGAUACCAGGGCAGGGCAAAGUAAACUUAUGCCAUCCAACCAAGUA